UUGCGGAAUUGCAGCUUAGCAAAGACAAGGGAAGGAAAAACAGAGAGAGAGAUAGAGAGAGAAAGAAAGAGGAGGUGAAGGGGGGGUGAGAAUGGCGGCUCUCAGUAUCUUAUCACAAUUGCCACCCAAAUACUUAUCUCAUAAUUCUUAUUAUUUUAAUGAUCAUAUUUUUAAUAAUAAUAAUAAUAAUAAUAAUCACAGUUUUAAAUUAAAGUCUUUGCCUUAUUCUCAUCGUUUCCGUGUUCUUCCUUGUUUCUCUACACAACCCAAAUCCAAAUUCAUUUCAAAUUACCCAUCUUCUAAGCUCUCUGAAAUGCCUACCCAUUCCUCAAAACCAGGCAGUGAACAUUUAUGGUUCCAAGACAAUUCCAAGAACCAAAACUCAACUUGCAAAACAAGGAUGCAGGACCGGUUACAUUCAGUGUUUCCCUCAACACCUGCACAAGUUUCUUCUGUGCAAGAUCUCUACGAAUUUAUUUGCUCAGGUCCUCUCAUAAGCAAGUUGGGCUUGACCUCUGAAAAGAUUGCUGACUCCAUUGACAAGUGGUUAGCAUAUGGUUUUCACUUGUGCCGACUGUUUCAGCUCAAUGAAUUGUACCUUACAGAGCCUCAAAAAGCAAGGUUUUAUCACUAUUAUAUACCAGUGUUUUUAUGGUGUGAAGAUAAGAUUUCCAAGCAUAUGUCCCAGUUUAAAGAUGGAGAAGAUAUACCUCCUUUAGUGAUUGGUUUUAGUGCACCCCAAGGUUGUGGAAAGACCACUCUUGUCUUUGCUCUUGAUUAUCUUUUCAAAAAAACUGGCAGGAAGUCUGCAACAUUAUCAAUAGAUGAUUUUUAUUUGACAGCAGAGGGCCAGGCUAAACUGAGAGAAGCAAAUCCAGCAAAUGCGCUUUUAGAGUUCCGCGGAAAUGCUGGGAGCCAUGAUCUUUCAUUCUCCAUUGAAACCCUGACAGCUCUGAAAAAAUUGACAAAAGAAGGUUUGAAGAUGAAGUUACCUCGUUAUGAUAAAUCUGCAUACAGUGGGAGAGGUGACAGAGCUGAUCCAUCAGUGUGGUCAGAGGUUGAAGGUCCAUUAACAGUGGUUCUGUUUGAAGGCUGGAUGCUUGGUUUUAGACCCCUUCCAACAGAAGUCGUCCAAGCUGUGGAUCCACAGCUGGAGACUGUGAAUAAGAAUCUUGAAGCCUAUUAUGAUGCAUGGGACAAGUUUAUAAAUGCAUGGAUAGUCAUCAAGAUUCAGGAUCCCAGUUGUGUCUACCAGUGGCGUUUACAGGCAGAGAUUGCCAUGAGGGAGGCAGGCAAACCUGGGAUGACUGACGAGGAGGUUAAAGAUUUUGUUUCUCGUUACCUGCCAGCAUACAAGGCUUACCUUCCCACCCUUUAUGCCGAGGGACCAAGCGGUUCAGAUCCAGAGAAUGUCCUCCUAAUUGAAAUUGACGAAGGUAGGAAUCCCAUUCUAGGUAAUUAGGUGAGUACAAGUUCAGAUUAUAGAUAACCUUGAAUGCCCAAUUUUGAUUUCUUGGAAUUGUGUAAUUUAUGUUGGAUUUUGUUAUAAGAAUCACAUGGGAACAGUCAAUUGUAAAUUAUGUUUCAAAUAAGUGGAAAAUUUUCGAUAA